UUCAGUAAAAUAAAUGUGAACAUCUUUCAAUAUAUCAUUGACAUCAGCAAACAACUUUAAGAUAAAAAAUAGAGUCUAGAUGUGUUGUUCUAUAUAAGACUGGUUGUAACUAAACUACUUACAGAUUCAUUAUAAGUGAGGUUUCUCCUGACUGGCGGACUGGAAUUCAUUAGCAUUUGUUGAACACAAUGUCAUCCAUAAGAUAUAUCUACACUAUAAUUCUGGUCUUGGGCCUUGUGGGAUCCGCAUGUUCAGACGCAGCGGCAUUGGAAGGGUCGUGUACAGCUGAUGCAGAUUGCACAUUGACCACCAAUGCGGAAAAGUGCAUUGAUACGGACAAUGACACGGUAGUGGAUAAAUGCAAGUGUAAGACAGGGUUCUUAGCAAACACUGGCAACACGGCUUGUAUAGCUGUUGUUGCGUUGGGAGGAACAUGUGCUAGCGCCGCCGAAUGCACGGGGACUGCAAACGCUGAUGCAUGCACGGCCACCAAGUGCACGUGUAAACCCGCCUAUACUGCAAACACCGCUGGACCAGCUUGCAUAGCUGUUGUUGCGUUGGGAGGAACAUGUGCUAGCGCCGCCGAAUGCACGGGGACUGCAAACGCUGAUGCUUGCACGGCCACCAAAUGCGCGUGUAAACCCGCCUAUACUGCAAACACCGCUGGAACAGCUUGCACAGUCGCGAACGGCUACCUUGAGGGAACAUGCUUCGCAAACACUGACUGUAACAUGACAACCAAUGCAGGGACAUGCACGUCGACAAAAUGCAAGUGCAAUACAGGGUACAUCGCUAACACCGGAAACACAACUUGUAUAGCUGUUGUUGCGUUGGGAGGAACAUGUGCUAGCGCCGCCGAAUGCACGGGGACUGCAAACGCUGAUGCUUGCACGGCCACCAAGUGCGCGUGUAAACCCGCCUAUACUGCAAAUACAGCUGGAACAGCUUGCAUAGUCGCGAACGGCUACCUUGAGGGAACAUGCGUCGCAAACACUGACUGUACCAUGACAUCCAAUGCAGGGACAUGCACGUCGACAAAAUGCAAGUGCAAUACAGGGUACAUCGCUAACACCGGAAACACAGCUUGUAUAGCGGCUGCCGGUUAUUUGGAAGGGACAUGCGUGGCCAGUUCUGCUUGUAUCCACACUGCAAAUGCAAGUACAUGCACAGAAAAGAUAUGCAAAUGCGAUUCUGGAUUUACGGCAAACUCAGAAAACACCACCUGUUUAGUCAACGGUGCACUUGGAGGAAAAUGCACUGCUGCAACCGAAUGUAUCAAGACAGCAAAUGCCGGAACCUGCACUUCAGCCAAAUGUGCGUGUGAUUCAGGGUUCAUCUUGAACCCAGCUAAAACUGCCUGUUUGGCUGGUAAUACAGGUUCCGUUUCCAUAGCAUCAACCUGGAUAGUGGUAAUCGCGUCCGUGCCUCUAGCUUUACAUCUAUAGUCUACAACCAGGCCAUUUGCAAAACAAGUAACUGUGGACGGAUCCCAUGGAAGAGUAGUUAUAUGUGUGAUUACCAUUUACAGAUUUUUGUUCUUUGUGAGUGUGUUGGUUUUACAAAACCCACGAUGAUGCUUCCUUUGAUAUUUUUUUUUCGUUUUAGAAUAAUGGACUGUAUUAAGGUAGAGAUGAAUCGUGGUGGACAUCUUUAUAUAUCUUUCAACACAAAUAACAUGUUAUUGCUACAAUAUAAAAUAAAAAAGUACAAUCCACGAGUGCACGCUGAAUUUCACUAUAAAAAGAACAUUUAUUUGCCUCUGAUGAUCAAGCCAAAUUACAAAUAUAAAAUGCAAAAGCUUCUUGAUUAUAUAUAACAUGUAACAAAUUGAAAAAGAACUUUCCCGGCA